AUGGCCUCUUUCGAUGAAACCUUCAAUUCUCUUCGUCAUCGAUUUGAGGAAAACAAGCAUCCUAUCCCUCCAGUUACACUUGGCGCCAUCAGCAAAAAUGGUUCUUUCCGCUACAUGAAGGGGUUUGAAAAGGAAUCCGACGACGCUGAGUCCAACGGUGUGCAUUGGCUCGCCUCUUCCACCAAGCUGGUGACUACGAUUGCUGUAAUGCAAUGCGUCGAGAGAGGAUUACUAAAUCUGAAUGACGAUAUCGCCAAAGUGCUGCCCGAGUGGAAAGAUCCGAAGAUUCUGACCGGUUUCAAUGAAGAGAAUGAAGCCCUCUUCAGGCCCGCAACGAAGGCUAUCACCCUCCGGUAA